CGCCAUCGUUGCCACCACCACCACCAUUAGUAGUACAACUGCCACUACCACCACUACCACCAACAGAAAGCACCAUCACAAAUACCCCACCAUCGCCAUCAGCACCAUCUCCACCACCGGGGCCCCCGCAGCCGCCGUCGCCACCACUGCCGUCUACACACAUGUGGUGGUCAUCACCAGUUUUAACAACAUCGCACAAGAUGCUUAUCACAAGCAACGACUUACUACCCACUUUGUUAAUCGGGACUAUCUACCUUCUAACUUUGCUCGCACGUUCGGAUGCUAUACGAUGGUUGUCAUUGGCCAAGAUGCCUUCUCUGGUGAACAUCAACACAGAAGAAGCCUGUGAUACACUGGUUGGACUGGUGAAACGACAGAAAAAAAUAUGCAAAAAGAAUUUAAUAAUGAUGGAAAGUGUUAAACAGGGAGCCAUUUUGGCUAUCCAAGAAUGUCAGGAGCAGUUUAAGAGCAGACGUUGGAAUUGCAGCUCCAUCGAGUCAUUAGACACCCCUGGAAAUAUUUUGAACAAAGCAACUCGUGAGUCUGCCUUUGUGUAUGCCAUAUCGUCGGCUGCAGUUGCCCAUACCGUCACCCGAGCCUGCAGCAGCGGGAAAAUGGAACAAUGUGGCUGUGAUCGGAUCGUACAUAAAAAUGCUUCGAUAGAAAGCACUUUCAUUUGGUCUGGCUGUUCUGAUAAUAUAGCAUUUGGAUCAGCUUUCUCUCAGACUUUUGUUGAUGCAAAAGAAAGGCGAAGGAAAAUAAACGGUCGGAGUUUGAUGAAUCUUCAUAAUAAUCAAGCUGGACGAAAGGCAAUUGAGAACCAUAUGAAAAUCCAGUGUAAAUGUCACGGAGUAUCUGGAACAUGUGAAAUGCGAACUUGCUGGCGGGCGAUACGCUCGUUUCAUGAAGUUGGAGAGAUAAUAAAAGAGAAAUUUGACGGAGCCACAGAGGUUCGUAAGAAGAACAAAGGAACUAAGAAAUUAUUAGUUCCAAUGAAUCCAAAAUUCAAACCUCACACACAAGAAGAUUUAGUUUACUUGAUUGUAUCACCGGAUUUCUGUGAACCCCUCCCUAAGGUCGGUAUUCCAGGAACGCACGGCCGGUUAUGCAACUUAACUUCGAAAGCAAUUGACGGUUGUGAUCUACUGUGUUGUGGCCGUGGUUACAGAACUAUACAGAGGAUUUCCAAUGAGCGAUGCAAUUGCAAGUUUAACUGGUGCUGUGUCGUAAAAUGCUUAAUUUGUUCAGUUGUAAUACACGAAUUUUAUUGCUUAUGAAAGAAAAAAAAACAUGCAAUGGUAACUUACGCCAAUGACUUUUAAAACAUAGACAGUAGGUAUAACAGAUGGAGACUGAAAUCUGUUUCAAACCAUUUUCAUACAAUUGUAAUAUAAACACAUCAGUUUUUAUAACAUUUUAUAACAACAGCACCAAUAUAAGCUGUGACAUUUGAAUAGUUAUUUAUUUAUCGUGGAAAUUAACUGCAAAUAUAUACAGAA